GCCGCAUGUGGCCCACUGGCGCCCGCAUGUGAGGGCCUGGGCUGUCUCGAACCAACAGUGUCACUCAGCGUGGCUGCUUCUUUACUACGGCGGCUUUCAGCCUCUCUCCGCUAGUACCUACGCCAUUGGCCAUCAAUCCAACCAUCGCUCAAAUUUACCCGGCCUACCGAGGCAGCACAUACUCCGGAUAUCUGAACGCUGCUGACUGAGGAUUCAGCCCAACCAAUCGCGCUCGCAAUGCCAAUCAAAGAGGACUUCAAGCUAUGGUGUACAGGUGGCAGCAUCAAGGAGGGAAUGAGCGAGUGGAGGUUUUCGGAAACUGACCAGCGGCGCCUGAUCGCCGUCAGGAUGGACGAAGAGCAAGAGUCUGAAGACGUGGCCCUUGAGCACCUGAAGAAAUACGUCGACAACCUCGACCCUAACGUAACUCUGAUUCACGUAGGGCUUGAUGGCGACUUGAUCUCCGUUUCGAGCGACCCCGCCCAUGACGAGACCUUCUAUAUGUAUUACCCUCCUUUGGACCUCGUCGAACGGCCAGCGGGAGUACAGACCAUCCUCCGCUCAGAGCUGCGAGAGUUGGACCGGCUGGUCGGGAACGUCGAUCUUGUCUCGUAUCAGACCGAUACCAACCCCCUUGAAACCAGACAGGUCGUUUUCAAGUACUACUGGCAACUCCAGUUCCUGGAGAAAACAUGGGAAGAGAUGAAUCUCUGGAUGCGGUUGUCUCAUCACCCCAACAUCGUUCCCUUCGAUCGCCUCGUGCUCGACGAGGUGCGAGGCGGUGUUGUCGGUUUCACGACCCUGUACAUACCCGGUGGCACCCUCCAAGACAAUGUGUCUCGCCCCUUCAAGCUCAAGUGGUGCAAGCAACUCAUGCAGCUGGUCGACGACUUGAACCUGCGGUACGGCAUCGCCCACCAGGACGUCGUCCCGCGCAACCUAGUGGUCGAUGAAGCCACCGACAACCUCAUGCUCUUUGAUUUCGACUGGUCCGCGCAAAUCGGCCGUCGCCGCGGGCCAUCCUUCUUUUCGUACUGGGACAUUCGGGACGACGUGAGAGCCGUCAUAUUCACCGUCUAUGAGAUGAUCACGCGUGAUUUCCACUUCCGGGAGGAGGACUGGGGGGCGUUGGAUGUGACCACGAUACAAGAUAUCGAAUGGGCACAACAUCCCGACGUCACGCUCGAUCAUCCGGUUUCCGAGUACCGCGCACUCUUGAAUGCGUGGGUGAAGACACGGGAGGAUGGGAAACAAAUCACCGUCUACACGGACGCCCCCGAGUACAUCGACUGGCCUAUACUGGAAAAGCAAGUCGUUGAACAGCCGUUGCCGAACGGCGCGGUACAGCAGGUGCUCGCAUGGGACAUGGUCCUCCGGAGCCAAGCGUUAGCCCGGCGGGAGGUGUUUGCUGAAUGGCAAAGGCCGAUGCAGAGUGCGCUAAAGGGCGACUACCACCUGCUAGCCACUGGAAAGCUGUUGGACUGAACUGAGGUCCUUAGACUAAUGGAUUCCGUUUUCUCUUUCUCAUUCAUGGACGGUCCCGGCCUGUCACAGUUAGAGACGUGGUGAUCCGAGCAGUAUAUUGGCCUGCUCCUGUUGGCCGGGUAACACCCCACGACCA